UCUCGUCAACUCCCCCAAAUCACCUCCCUUCCCAUCAGCCACUACCCCCGAGGGAAACCAGAAACAUGGUCUUCGGUCCCCCAAAAUCGGCCGGCAAAUUGUCGCCCAUCCCCGACAGUAUCUCCCUCGCUGAGUUCAUGCUCACCGAUCUUCACGGCCGCAACCCUCUCGGCUACUCGCAGAACCCUUUUACUUGUGGAGUCACCGGCAAAUCUUAUUCAUGGCUGGAUGUGGUAGAUCGCGUCGAAUAUCUGGCACGCUCACUCUCUAGCCGAUUCAGCUGGCAGCCCAAUGCAGGCAGCGAGUGGGAUAAGACCUUGGCGAUUUUCAGCGUGAAUACCGUACGUCAAUCCAGUGGAUGGAGAUUUGUGAGGUAGCUGACACUGAUUGCUGCUCCUUCUUAGAUCGAUACAUUGACGCUUUCCUGGGCCAUGCAUCGACUGGGUGGAGUGGCCAGCCCCGCUAACGCGGCCUACUCGGCCGCUGAACUCAAAUAUCAGCUGCAGGAUUCCAGAGCCACCGUGCUCUUCACAUGUUUGCCAUUGCUGAAGACGGCGCUGGAAGCCGCCGAUGCUGCCGGUCUUCCCAGGGAUCGCAUCUUCUUGCUCGAGGUGCCUGCGCAACUCACCCCGGGAGUCAAGGCUCCAGCCGAGUUCAAGACGGUGGAUCAUUUGAUCGAAGCAGGAAAGGCAUUGCCGAAAGUUGCAGCCUUGAAUUGGGGCCCCGGGGAGGGGGCUCGUCGGACGGCGUUUCUGUGCUAUUCGAGUGGCACGUCCGGAUUGCCGAAAGGAGUCAUGAUCUCACACCGCAAUGUGAUCGCCAACGUACUACAGAUCAAAGCAUUCGAGCAGGAUUACCGCGACUCGCGCAAGGAUCCCGGAACGCAAAGUGAACCGACCGAUGUCGUGAUGUGUUUGCUCCCGCAGAGCCAUAUUUACUCCCUUGUUGUGAUGUGUCACGCUGGCCCGUGGAGAGGGGAUAAUGUGGUCGUGCUUCCACGAUUCGAGCUCGAUUCCUUCUUGGCUUGUAUCCAGGAUUUCAAGAUCACUUCCUUGUUUGUGGUCCCUCCGAUUCUGAUCAACAUGAUCCGCAAUGCGAAGACUUGCGCCAAAUACGAUCUCACUGCUGUCAAAUCCGUCUUCACGGGUGCCGCACCGCUGGGCAUGGAAACCGCCGAAGAGUUCCAGAAGCUUUAUCCGACAGUGACGAUCAGACAAGGAUAUGGUUUGACGGAAACAUCGACGGUUGUCACCUCCACACAUCCUUGGGAUGUAUGGUUUGGCUCCUCCGGCACAAUUCUGCCCGGGGUGGAGGCCAAGAUAGUAACACCAGAAGGCGAAGAGAUUACAGGCUACGAUACUCCCGGAGAGCUUGUCGUCCGCAGCCCUAGCGUUGUAUUGGGGUAUCUGAACAACGACAAAGCCACCAAGGAAACGUUCAAAGACGGCUGGAUGUAUACGGGCGACGAGGCUGUCAUUCGCUUGAGCCCUAAGAGGACGGAGCAUAUCUUCAUUGUAGACCGCAUCAAGGAGUUGAUCAAAGUCAAAGGUCUGCAAGUCGCGCCAGCCGAGCUGGAGGCCCAUCUUCUCACGCAUCCUGCCGUGGCGGAUUGUGCUGUGAUCGCGAUCCCCGACGAUUCCGCUGGCGAGGUCCCCAAAGCGAUCGUAGUGAGGUCCCCGUCCGCCACGGGCAGUGAUGAGGAGGUUAUUCAGUCAAUCAAGAAGCACGUCGAGGAGCACAAGGCCCGGCACAAGUGGCUCAAGGGUGGGGUUCGCUUCCUGGAAGUCAUCCCCAAGAGCCCCAGUGGCAAGAUCUUGCGCCGUUUGUUGCGCGACCAGGAGAAGGAGGCCCGCAGACAGGCUGGCUCGAGACUUUGAGCUUCGUGUGCGCUUGAAGCUACUCGAAAGUUGCGAGGUAGACAUCACUAGAUACGGUGGUCAUGUGUAGAUAUUUCUUCGAUACAUAUUUUACAAUUGAGCAACUCACAAUUCUGA